UUCAAUUGCAAGAUAUAACACACACUUGAAAGGAAUGGUCACGUAUAAUUGAAUUAACACACCUUACUGUGCUCAUAUUCUGAGCCACAUGCCUGAUGAGACGCCCGAUUCUUCCCAGUAUUAAGAGUUCACUCUCUUAAUGUUUAUCGUAGCCAAUGUUUCAAUGGCUACGAUAUAGUAUAAGUCUGCUACAUUUGCAAGUUAAAGUACUCCGUGCUGUGCAAUUCAAAUGGGAAAGCACUGGGAACAAUAAAUCGCCACUACUAACAUCAAGAAAGCGAAAAUUCAAAUAAUCUUCAAUUUAAAAAUUUUUUUAAGCCCGUUUUCUAUUUACUAAGGGUCGAAGUCUUUUUUGCCCGCGAAUCGUUAAUCUUCUGAAAAAGAUUGAAUGGGUGACGUAGAGGAAGUGCCACCCCCUAGGAACUACUGCCUUCGAGUUCAGUUUCCAAUUACAGCAGCUCGAGAAAAACCAGGCUGAAUGAGGCGUCAUGCGUUUGCGGCGGAGCAGGCUUCAGUUCUGCAAGACCGUACCAGGAUCUGUAGCGGCUAUCUUUUUCCAGACAAGUACUGGAACUGCUCCUUGCCAAAAACCGAGGUCAAGUCUGUUUUUCCCGUAGGGAAAACCGCUUUUCGAAAGCUCACUUCGUUGCUGGUUUCUCUUCCGUCUUUUUGGGACCCUAAAUGCCAGUGGAAUUAUAAUAGCCUCCAAGAAAAAAAGAAGCUUUUGCUACAACUGUCUUGGUUUUGUUUCAUUGUGCGAGCGGCGUAUUUUUUUCGGCGGAAAAGAACUUGACGAGACAAUAUUGCAAUUCAACGGCCGGAGCAUUGGAAUACCGCUUGAAUGAUCUCAACUUUCAUUACUAAAAGGGGCGUUGCAUAAGGCUGCAAGCUGCGACUUGGGCAUCCCUCCGCGCUGGCGGAGCUCUCGGCGGUCCCACUGCGAAGUGAACCGUCGCGGUCUUGUAAGCGUGCAGGAUCACGUUAGAUCAGAUGCGGGUUUAUAGGAGAAGUUGGGUAAUUAUUUCUCGUCGUCUGCGUUAGCGCGUAUCAGAUUAAUGCAUCGCGCAGUCGUUGCUCAUCCCCCACUUGAGGUUAAAACAAUACUGGCGUGUAAAAUAAUGGACAAUGUGAAUAUUGCCUGAUUGUUUUGGGAUUUUUUUUCCUUCCAGUGAGCGAUAUUUUCAAAUGGAAAGCGUAUCUUGGGCUGUUUUUAAAAUGUAUUUUGAGUAACCCAUUCUCCUUCGUACCUGCAUCAGCUGAAUUCAUUGAAUCAAUAUGGCAAAUAUAAGUCCCUAUGAUAGUCGGGAUAUCGUAGAGAAAUAUAUUUAUCACAAACUUUUAAAAACAGGAUAUGUGUGGGAGUUUCACCCCGCCGAAAUUGAGGACGAUUCUCCAAAUAACGGAUUAAGGGAAGUUAUCGAUCGGAGGCCCCGGGCCCCCUCGGGAGGCGAGGAUCCCAUGUGCCCGUUCCCCGACCGCCUCGCGCAACCUGACCCCCAUGUAAGGCUGAACCGGAUUUUGAGGGAGGCCGGGGAUGAAAUCGAGAGGAUGUACCAGCGAGACUUCGUGGCGAUGUCGGACCAAUUGCAUUUCACCCCGAGCACAGCACAGCGCAAGUUCACCGCAGUGAUAGAGGAGCUGUUUAGUGACGGUGUAAACUGGGGUCGGAUUGUGGCUUUCUUUGAAUUUGGGGGGACAAUGUGCGUAGAGAGCGUCAACCGAGAGAUGGCUUCCCAGGUAGAUAACAUUGCACGCUGGAUGACAGAUUACCUAAAUGGCCCAUUGAAGAACUGGAUCCAGGACAAUGGUGGCUGGGAUGCCUUUGUGGAGAUCUACAGCCAGCCUAGAAGGACCAUGUUCCAGCCCUGGCCCUACCUAAAGACAGUGUUCGGUCUGGCAGCUCUAGGGGCAGCGUGGGUAACCAUCGGCGCUCUUUUCACUCAGAAGUGAUGACCCCACCCCCCCAGCGCCCAGCCUCCCUCCCUCCCUCCCUCUGUCUGUGUGUCCGGCUUCUCAUGGACCUCGUUCUCUCAGCACUGUGGUGCCUGAGAGCAGGGGCCCAGAGAGGAUCCUGCUGUUGAACUCUUCCCUCAGUCGCCCAAGCGCCAAUGAGGAACCUUUACGGACUGAACAAGGAAUGUGCGGACAAGCUCACGCACCUGCUGCAAACACCAUCACUGCCAUGUGUAGAUAUUAAUACAUGAAUUCAUUCACACACACACACACACACACACACACACACACACACACACACACACAGAUACAUACAUACCAAACAAAGACUCCAAAACUGUGUUCCAAAACUGUGGACCACAAAAGCACACACACAAAGACACUGUACUCAGUUAUCACAAAUGAUGAACCGUAGCAUCUGCAUCGGAACUUCUGUAUAACAGCACAAACAUUUCCUGAUGGGAAAACUUCAGAUUCUGCCAAUGGCACUAUUGCUUGUAGAAUAUGA